AUGCCUGCCGCCCAAGACAUCCUACGCUUCCUCCAAGGACAGCUUUUCCAGACGCCAACUCUGCCUCGGGCCAGUUUCGCGGGAAAGACGGUCGUCGUGACGGGUGGAAACACUGGCUUGGGGUUUGAAUGCGCGAAACAGCUGGUGCAGCUUGACGUCGACACGCUGAUCCUUGGCUGUCGCAACGUAUCGAAGGGAAAGCAAGUCAGGUCCAACCUCAUGAAAAAUGCGAAGAAGAACACCAGUAUUCAUGUCUGGCAAGUCGACAUGGCUAGCUUCGCCUCGGUGAAGUCGUUCGCAGAGAGGAUUCGAACGGAGCUGCCGCGCCUCGAUGCACUCGUUGCCAAUGCCGGAAUUUCCACAAACGAGUACCUCACUGCGGAGGCCUUUGAGCAGACGUUGACUGUCAACGUCGUUUCGACUUUUCUGUUGUCACUUUUGUGCCUGCCAAGUCUGAGGAAGACGGCCGUACAAGAUGGAUCUCCGACCCAUCUCACCGUGGUCGGCUCAUUGGUGCAUUACUUUGCAGACCAUUCGCAACUCCAGCAGCCGGCGGCAGGCACAGUAUUCAAAGCGCUAAGUGAUGAGAAGCAGGCAGACAUGGCAUCGAGAUACUUCCUCAGCAAGUUGAUCGUGCUGCUCUGUAUCCAGGAGUUGGCGAAGCAUAGUCCGCAAGGCAACCUGUCGGGAAGACCAAGCGUCAUCAUCAAUUGCCCCAAUCCCGGAUGGUGCAAGACUGGACUGUUUCGGCAAGACGAUGGCGGUGCAUUUGCGCGGAAUCUUCUUAAGCUGAUUGGAAGAACAGGCGAGGUGGGAGCGCGAACGCUCACUUCCGCUAUUGCAGCCGGUAGCGAAUCGCAUGGCUGUUAUAUGAGCGAAUGCCGCGUCAAACCUGCUGGGGUCUGGGUAAGAAGCCAGGAGGGCCAAGCGGUUCAAAAGAAGAUCUGGAAUGAACUCGUCGAUACGCUGGAGGACAUCUCACCGGGGAUAGGUAGUGUGUUGUCAUAG